AUGGAUUUGAAAAUAAAAUUAUAAUUCCUUAUAAUAAACUUUUUAAACAUGGAGGAAAAGUUGUACAUGCUACGGUUACUACCAUUGACGAAAAAGAGGUUACCGUUAGCACUGAAACUGAAUUGGGAACUCGUAUACCAUUUGCAUUUUUAAUAAUUGCUACUGGUUCUAAUUACCCUAAACCUGGAAAAUUAACUGCUGAAAAUAAGGAAGAAGGCGUUAUCGACUUGGUCACACAAAGAAACGCUUUAAAAAAUGCAAAGAAAAUUUUGAUUAUGGGUGGAGGUCCCGUGGGAAUUGAACUUGCUGGAGAAAUUGCAUCAGUUUACCAAAAUAAAGAAAUUACACUUAUUCAUUCGGAAAAUAAUUUGCUUAAUGAAAAUGUCCCCCAAAAAAUGAAAGAUCUUCUUGUUAAACAAUUGAGAGAACUAAAUGUAAACCUUAUUUUUGGCGAACGUGUUAAUCUUCCAUCUUCAGGUAUUGGUGAUGGUUUGUCUCCCUUAACUUUGGAAACUGACAAGGGUACGCAAAUUGAAUCAGAUGUUCAAUUUGUAGCUUUUGGCGUAAAGCCCAACACUAGCGUUAUAGAAACCUUGGACCAUACAUUGAUUGAAGAAGAUACCACACGAGUAAAAGUUAGGUCAACUCUUCAAUUAGAUCAUGAUAAUUAUGGACAUAUAUUCGCCCUCGGCGACAUAACAAAUAUUAAUGAAACAAAGCUUGCCUACCGCGCUGGCCUUCAUGCUGAUAUUGUAGCUAAAAAUAUUAUUGCACUCAUUAAUGAUAAAAAAUUGAACAAAGGAGCAUUUCUUUUACCAAUGGGUAAUAUGGUUGUCGGUAGUUUCAUGACCAAAAAUAUAAAGGGUAAAACACUCUUUGUUAAUAAUUAUUGGAAAGCAUUGAAUGCUAAACUUCCUA